GGGGAAAUGAACCUCUAACCAUAAAUGGCUCUGGAUCUUUUAAUUUGAGCAUAAUUUGAUAGUUUUCUAAGUAUUAUCAUUAAUAACUUGAUUAAAUAAAUAGCAGGUGAUUGCUAUAUCCUCUUCAGGCGCAUGUACGAUUGAAAUUCCGCAUUUCGUUUUUGGAUUGUUUAACAAAUUCCUUCUUUCAUUCUUUUCUUCCUAUAUACAUCGUUGUGUGAAACUGUACCCUUUCAUUUGAUUGUACUAUUGUUAGUCACUGUACUUAUUUCACAAUUGCUUGAGAGUAUAUACUGCGAUUUAUUUAUUUCGACAAUUCUUACAAAAGUCGGAUAGAAUGAAAUUUGCAUCGAAUGGAACGCAAGGAAAGAUUGUGUUUAAGUCCAUUUUAAUCUCCAUUUUCCUCUUAAUCACCUUAGCUUUCCUGAGAAAUGGUAUCCGCAACAAUAGUUCAAAGAAUCACCGUAAAGAGCCAUUAAAUUUGGAAGACAUUGUAUUGCAAAAGUUUCGACCUACAUAUAAACAGAUUGAUUGGAUAUACAACGAGAGGUAUAGCGAUACGUUUCUAGUGAAAGAAGACGAAGCUUUAUAUCUUCGUGAUCCAUUUGAUUUGAAUGAGUUGCUGUUCUCCGACGCUGAUCUAGUGUAUAAAAAUGAACGUAUCAAUUAUGACGGAUAUUCCGUUUCAGCAGAUGCUCGAUAUGUUCUACUAAACGUGAACAGAACUCAAAGGUGGAGACACUCUUUUACUGCUUCCUACUAUUUGUUCGAUACAUUAGAAAAAGAAGUGACACCACUGGUCCCCCAGGAAGAAAAUUUGCGUAUAAGCUUGGCCGUUUGGUCACCUACGGGACAUCAAUUGGCUUUUGUGUAUGAAAAUAAUUUACACGUUCUUACAGAAAAUAGGGAAAUUUUGACUCUUACGACAGAUGGAAAUGAGAAUGUAUUUUACGGAUUGUCUGACUGGAUAUAUGAAGAAGAGGUUCUAUCAAGCCCUUCAACGAUCUGGUGGUCUCCAGACGCUCGCAAAUUGGCAUUUUUAAAGUUAAAUGAAAGUGCUACUCCAAUUUACCAGUUUCCUCUAUACACCAGCGAAAGUGAUACGUCUAGUUUUGAAUUUAACUACAACAAGGACAUAAAAAUCAAGUACCCAAAAGCUGGUCAACCAAAUCCAACUGUUUCACUACUAUUUUCCGAUUUGGGAACUGAUAAAACAUAUCCACUGCAUUCUUGGAAUAAUCAUGUCUUUGAAGAGACUGUAGUACAAAAUGUACUCUGGGUCAAUGAAUCGGCAACCCUUGUGCAGUUUACCAAUCGCAACAGUACCUGUAAGAAGACCGAUUUACUAGAUUUGGAAACCAAAAGGAUCUCGUCCGUCUUAAGUGAGUGUCUUACCGACGGAUGGUUUGAAGUGCAGCAAUUUGCAAAGACUCUUCCUGUGAAUAAUCCAAAUUAUGAAGUUUGGACCAAUGGCUUUUUUGAUAUUAUGCCUUAUCAAGAUUACAAUCAUUUAGCUUUCGUUCCUUUCAACGGAUCAUCUCCCACCUUUCUCACCUCUGGAACUUGGGACGUCACCGAAGGUCCCCUGUCCAUCGAUGCUUCUCGAGGGCACUUGUAUUUCAUUGGAACAUUGAAAGAUUCAUCGGAACGUCAUUUAUACUACGUUUCCUUGGAUAAUCUUGAAAUACACAAUAUUACUGACGAUGGUGUACAGGAUGGGUACUAUUCGACUAAUUUUUCUCCUUCAGGUAACUUUUAUGUAUUGAAUUAUCAAGGUCCGAGAAUCCCUUGGCAGGAACUUCGUUCUAUCCAAAAAGAUAAUUUCACAGUACGGAUUGAAGAGAACGAACAUCUACAUAAAAUUUUGGGAUCGUACAAUUUGCCGCAAAUUAAAUACGAUAAACUCAUUGUAAACAAUACCACAUUGCCUUACAUGGAGCGGAAGCCGACAAAUUUCAAUCCUAAUCGUAAAUAUCCUGUUUUAUUUUUUGCCUAUGGUGGACCCGGUUCUCAACAGGUUUCUAAACUUUUUCGUGUGGACUUCCAAACAUAUCUAGCUUCUCAUCCAAAUUUUGAGUACAUUGUAGUCACUGUUGAUGGUAGGGGAACGGGAUUUAAUGGGAAUGAUUUUCGCCAAUCUGUCUAUCAAAACCUAGGUACAUUAGAAGCAAUGGACCAGGUAAGUGCUGCUGAACAUUGGGCACAGUAUCCGUUUGUUGAACAAGAGAAGGUUGCAAUUUGGGGCUGGAGUUUUGGUGGCUAUCUGACCUUGAAAGCACUAGAGGCUUCCAACGUCUUUUCAUAUGGAAUGGCUGUCGCACCUGUUACAGAUUGGCAUCUGUACGAUAGUAUUUAUACAGAGAGGUACAUGAAUCUUCCGAUAUUGAACGAAAAUGGCUAUGAGAACUCAAAAGUACAUAACAUUACAAUACUUAAGGAAAAAAAGCGUUUUUUAAUCGCGCAUGGUACAGGAGAUGAUAAUGUGCAUUUUCAACAUGUGAUGCAUCUUAUGGACCAACUAAAUCUUGCAAAUUGUUACAAUUAUGAUAUGGCUGUUUUUCCAGAUAGCGCCCAUUCUAUAAGCUAUCAUAAUGCUAGUCUUGCCAUAUAUCAUCGUUUGAGUGAAUGGAUUUCUAUGGCUUUUUCAGAGAAAAAAAGCGUGAUGUCGUGAUUCUGUAAAGUUUUUAUCGGCUAUAUCCUUCAUUGCUGUAUUAACGAAUUAAUGAAUUUGUUUAAUAUCAGGUCCUAAUUUACGAUUUAAUAGAUUUCUACUAUAUAUGACUUUUAAUUAUAUACAAAUAGAUCCAAAGGGCCGUUUACGUAUGCUUAUUUUUGUUUUACUUUUAAUAAUGAAAUCGUAAUGUCUACAAUUGUUUAGGGUUUCACAGAUG